CCCUUUCGAGCGUGGAGGGAAACCUCACCUACUUUCAAAUGCCAUCACAGACGACCCCCACUUCCUCAUUUCUAAUAUUCCCAAAUGCCAACGCUAUAAAUACUCUGAAAUAUUUGCUACCCACCUUUGUUUCUUCCGCCCAUCAAACUACCCAGCAAGAAUUUCAUCUUCCGGCACACCCUGACAUUGGGUUUCUCCAAAUCAGAUGUAAAGGUGUCUUACUUGUUUAGGAAUUAGCUGGUGUGUUGAUUGAUCGGUGAGGAGGGAGGAAUGAAUCAGGGUAGCACUUAUUCGGCCGGAAUGAGUACGGAUUUCCAUCUGCCCGAUGAGAUUCUCGCCGUGAUCCCCACUGACCCUUACGACCAGCUGGAUUUGGCGCGUAAGAUUACCUCGAUGGCAAUAGCGUCUCGGGUGUCGAAGCUCGAAUCGGAGAUGGGGAGGUUGAAGCAGAAGAUCUCUGAGAAGGACCUAUUGAUUUACGAGCUGCAGGACAAAGUCUCGCAGUUGGAGCGAGCGUUCCAGGAGGCUGAUGCCCGUCUGCGUGAAGCACUCGAUGAGAAUACAAAGCUUUCUAAUGAAAGGGAUGCUUUAUCCAUCGCCACCAAAAAAUUGAACAGAGAUUUAUCCAGGUUGGAAACAUUCAAGAGGCAUUUAAUGCAGUCAUUAAAUGACGACAGUUUAUCUCAGGCAGAGACAGUUGAUAUUGGCACUUGUGAUCAGUCAGUUGCUAAAUCAUCAACCGCCUCUUCUUUGAAGGAUGACGAAUCCAAUGGCUACAAUGCAAAUCAGUUCAAAAGUGGCCUGUCAGAUGCUACAAAUACAUUUCAAGAUACCUCAAAGUAUACUGGUACUAGAUUCUCUAUAACACCAUACAUCACUCCACGCCUUACGCCAACUGGGACACCAAAAAUUGUAUCAACUACUGGCUCCCCGAAAGUCUUUUCUGCAGCUGUGUCUCCAAAAAGGAAUUCAGGUGCCACUUCACCUACAAAGUCUCACUUUGAUGGGCGACCUGGCUUACCAUUACGGUAUCCACCAAGUCAGCAGUCCUCUGCACCAUGUUCCCCUCCUCAUGGCCGUCCUUUACCAGGACGGACCCCUCGGAUAGAUGGAAAAGAAUUCUUCCGACAAGCCAGGAGUCGCCUCCAGUAUGAGCAGUUUAGUGCAUUUUUGGCAAACAUCAAAGAGUUAAAUGCACACAGGCAAUCUCGUGAGGAAACUUUGAGAAAGGCAGAAGAAAUUUUUGGUCCCGAUAAUAAAGAUCUUUACUUGUCCUUUCAAGGGUUACUCAACCGGAGCAUGCCUUGAGUACCUAGUUCACCUUGAGAGACACUGUGAAGUUCUGCAACCACUCUCCGAUGCUAUGGUGAAGACCUUGAGAGCUGUCAAUGUUGGCUUCUUGGCUUCAUGUUGUUGGAAGGCUGCUGGUUUUCCAGAUUAUUAGUGCAGCGACAUGCACUGGCUUAUCAGGAAGGGUCGACCUUUUUUUUUCUAACUCUGUAAAUACAUUGGUAUCCACAAUGCAGUUUAGUAAACGAUGAUGGGCCUUUCCGAGUUUUCAAAUCUCAUAUAAAAGGGUUGUUGGAGUCUUUGUUUAUGAAUCUGCUGUGUAGUAGCUUUUUUCAUCUAAAACAUUCAUAGUAAUUUGCCAA